AGUUAAUCAACCAUCCUCCCAAAACAUGAAAAAAUUGAAUUGAUUGCAAUCACCUAAACUAAAUUUUGAAAAACAACAGUGUUAACACUCUUAGCAGAAGCUACAACCAACUGAAAAUUCCAAUGCUAAGAUACUGCUUCCGCACUCUCUUUCUCUCUCCUCGCCAUUUCCGGCGAUGCAUCCACUGGUCUCCCACCCACGAAACCAACCUCACCUCGCCGGAGCUACUCUCCCGCCUUUGCCGUCUCUUAGUCCUCCGCCGCUUCGACUCCGCUGCCAAACUCCCCAUCAAAUUUUCCGACGACAUUAUCAUUGAUAUACUUAGAAAUCUUCGCUUGAAUUCUGAUGCUUGUCUUGGGUUUUUCAGGUUAGCUUCUAAUCACCAAAAGUAUCGCCCAGGUUAUAGAUGUUAUUGUAGAAUUGUCCAUAUUUUGUCAAAGGGUAGGUUGUUUGAUGAAACUAGGAUUUAUUUGAAUGAACUUAUUGAUGUUUGUGCAAAUACCCACUUGCCGAUUCGUGUUGUUUGGGGUGAAUUGGUUAGGGUUUAUAGAGAAUUUGGUUUUUCUCCUACUGUUUUUGAUAUGAUUUUGAAGGUGUUUGCUGAAAAGGGGUUUGUUAAUGAUGCACUCUAUGUGUUUGAUAACAUGGGUAAGUGUGGUCGUGUGCCGAGUUUGCGGUCUUGUAACAGUUUGUUGAGUUGUUUGGUUAAGGAUGGGCAGUAUGAUAUGGCUUUGUGUGUUUAUGAUCAGAUAGUGAGGGUUGGAAUCGCCCCGGAUGUAUUUAUGUGUAGUAUUGUGGUGAAUGCAUAUUGUAAAGGUGGUAAAGUUGGGAAAGCAGUGGAGUUUAUUAAAGAAAUGGAGUGUUUGGGUUUGGAGCCGAAUGUUGUGACGUAUCAUAGCUUGAUGAAUGGGUAUGUUAGCUCAGGAGACAUGGUAGGAGCUAAAGGGGUUUUGAACCUGAUGGCUGAGAAGGGAAUCGCUGGGAACAUGGUCACUUUUACCAUUCUGGUGAAGGGCUAUUGUAAACAGUGUAAUGUGAAGGAAGCAGAGCAGUUGUUGUUUGAAAUGAAGGAAUUGAUGGUAGAUGUUUAUGCAUAUGGUAUUCUGAUAGACGGUUAUUGUCAGAUGGGUAAGAUGGAUGAUGCUGUUAGAAUCCGGGAUAACAUGUUAGGAUCUGGUCUGAAAAUGAAUCCAGUCAUCUGUAACUCCUUGAUAAAUGGUUAUUGCAAAAUUGGGGAAGUCAAACAAGCUGAGUCAAUAUUUUUACAAAUGGUGGAUUGGGGUUUGAAGCCUGAUUGUUAUAGUUUUAGUACUUUGAUAAAUGGGUAUUGUAGAGAUGGUCAUAUUCGUGAGGCUUAUGUUCUUUUUGACAAGAUGAUCCAUGAAGGGGUUGAACCCACUGCUGUUACAUACAAUAUUCUUCUGAAAGGUUUAUGUUGUGAAGGAGCACUAGAUGAUGCUAUGCAGGUUUGGCGUUUGAUGCUGAAAAAAGGUGUGAGACCAAAUGAGGUCAGCUAUUGCACUUUGCUUGAUGGAUUCUUCAAAAUGGGAAGGGUAGACGAGGCUUUUAGACUGUGGAAAAAGAUUUUAGCAAAGGGGUUAGCCAAAAAUAGUAUUACAUUUAACACAAUGUUAAAUGGUCUGUGCAAGAUAGGGAAAAUGGCUGAAGCAGAGAUGAUUUUCAAGAAGAUGAUCGAUCUUGGCUGUUCUCCUGAUGGGAUGACAUAUAGGAUCCUUAACGACGGCUAUUGCAGAAUUGGACAUGUUGAACAAGCUUUUAAUAUUAAAGAUAUGAUGGAGAAAAAUGCAAUUUCACCAUCUAUUGAAGUGUACAAUUCUCUUAUUGAUGGUCUUUUUAAAAGUGGAAAUUCAUCUCAGGUUCCAGGUCUUGUUACUGAAGUGCAUGAAAGGGGUGUAUCCCCAACUAUUGUCACCUAUGGUGCCCUUAUUGCGGGUUGGUGCAAACAAGGAUUGUUUGAUAAAGCAUUGAGUGUGUACGAGGAGAUGCUAAAGAAGGGGCUCACACCAAAUUUAUCUAUUUGCUGCUCUCUGGUUAGUGGGCUUUACAAGUUUGGUAGGAUUGAUGAAGCAAAUAACUGGCUGCAGAAAAUGGCUGACUUAAUUUCUCUAAGUUCUGGAACAUUUGAGGAGUUUUGGACAGCAGACCAAAUAAACCUAGAUGAACGCAACAUUAGAGAUUCUAUUGACUCAAGUUUUAAGAGUCUACUACCUAAUAAUGUCAUCUAUAAUUUGGCUAUAUUAGGGCUUUGCAAAUCUGGGAAGCUUAAAGAUGCAAUGACAAUGUUCUCAACUUUAUUGAAGAGAGGGUUUGUGCCAGAUAAUUAUACGUACAGCGUUCUGAUUCAUAGACAUUCUAUUGCUGGCAGUUUAAAAGAAGCUUUUCAAUUACGUGAUGACAUGCUGGAAAAGAAUUUAGUUCCAAAUAUUACUAUCUAUAAUGCUCUCAUCAAUGGCCUGUGCAAGUCCAGAAACCUGGAUCGUGCUGUAAGACUUUUUCAGAAACUUAAACGGAAGGGCUUAGUUCCUAAUGUUGUAACCUAUAACAUUUUAAUUAGUGGGUACUGCAAUUCUGGCAAUACAAAUGAAGCAAUAAAACUCAAGCACAGAAUGGAAGAAGAAGGCAUUGUUCCUUCUGUCGUCACCUAUUCCACCCUAGUUAGUGGUCUAUGUAAGAAAGGAGAUAUUGAGAAAGCAUUGGAGCUCUUGGACUAUAUAAAUAAUGCCAUUGAGGAUACUGAGCUUAGUUCUUAUCAUGCUAUAGCUCUGAAUCAUGUGAAGAGUUGUAACAUAGAGAAGAUCACUGAACUUCAUGGGGCAUUACAGAGCAAGCUCCACUUUCCUGACAUUGAGUAUGCAAAUGAAGAUGACUCUGUAAAAUCGUUCAGAUGCGAGGAACAAGAAAUCCUCAAUGAAAAGGACACACUAGUGACUGCUCUUCAUUAAUCUAUGUGAAGAGCAAAAUCACAUUGGAGAGGUCUUCAUUUCCUACCACCACUCUGCUUCAUUAAGAUCAUAACUAUUCCAGUGAAGCUUAGGGUGCGGGUGCCCCCAACUUUCCCAAAUUGAAGUCUUGCCCCUCCCAAAUCGUCUAGUCUAUUGGAGGUGAAGUUCCCAGAAUUCUCAAAUUGAGGCUUUGAGCUUUGGGAUUCCCAAGGACUACUUAUGCAGGACCUAAUCUGGAGGCCUUGGAGAGAGGUGACAAGGCUUGGCCAAAGCCCGAAGAUUAAAAAGCCUGGUCAAGCCAAGAAGGUUAUUCCUUUCCUUUGUUGUUGUUAUUUUUUUUUUUUUUUUGUUUUUUUUUUCUUCUUCUUUGAAGAGAUAUUCAUAUUACUUUGAGGGCUUUAUAGGCUUAGUAGUUUUAAUGGUUUUAUCAUCAAUGGUGAUGUAGGUAUUAUUUGGACUUGAGUGAAUAUCUUUUUGAUGAUCUACUGUGUGUUAGUUGGGUCUUUGGGAUGUCAGAAGGGUAGUUGAUUUUAUGGAAUUUGAAAUUGAGGGUUAAUAUGGAAGCAGAAUAAAAUUAUGCCAGCUGACCUUGUGGAAGUACAGGAGUUUAAGGCAAUUCAAAGAAGUGCAAGCUUAAGCUGAGGCCUGAGGCAGUAGGUUGACAUUAAUUAUUUUUAAAUGGGGGCUAUUUUAAAGAUUGUUUCUACUGAUCAAGGAAUAUUGUUAUGCUAACUAUAUCAGAUAAUUUAGUAUAUGCUUUUGCUAACAUAGUUAUGUUUCUUUGCUAUUCAGCAAUCAAGUUUUAAGUUUGUGGUUUCAUUAAGGAAUUUUUUAUUUUGACCUUUUUCUCAAGAAACCCAUGUCUGUUGAUGCUAAAGUAGUUGGUGUGUGCUUCAAGGAGGAUAUAUAAGAUGGCGUUCUUGGUUCUUUUAUAUAAGUAAAAAUUUGAUAAUUCUUUGCUCUUGGAUAUGUAUUGAGAAAAUAUGUCUCGUUUUACAGAGUGAACACUUCCUCUCAAGCCUGUGCUAGAUCUGUUUGCAUUUUGCAGAAUGGGGGAAUAUCUUUACACUAAAGUACUAAACUGCUGAAGGUGCAGAUUCUUUGUUUUCUAUGAAAGCUAGCUGUGAAUGUUACUUUAUCAUCUUAAAUUAUAUAUGCUAAAUGCAGUAUUGCCUCAUUCUUUCUUUUGAUAACGCAUUUUCACAUAUCCACUCUGGAGGAGUCCAGGUGCUUUGUUAACUCUAAAAUGUUUGCUUGUUUGUUAUUUAAGGUGUUGAAGAACUGAACUUUGUAAACACUUUAUCACCGUUGUUUGCCUAAUAAUUUCAAAAUAACGGAGAGAAAAAAUGUGGAUCAUGCAAAAGAUAGGAAUAUCCUUAGUCACUGUGACACUCUGUGUAUCUGCAGAUGAUAGUCUUGUUGCUUAUGAAGUUUUCUGUUCAUCAUCGCACUUGUUGAAUAAUAUGUUUCUGCUGCAACUGAUGUGGACAUUCUUCAAAGGAUAUCCAUGCAGAUAUAUGGAUUGUUUCACAUAGGUCAGAUUUUGUAUCUGGGCUCUUUUAACUUUUUGUUUCAGAAAACGAUUGGCUGCUAUUGAGAGAAAAGUAAUAGAGCGGGCAUUUAAGCUUCUAUUGCUGAUGAAUUGAGAAAUUCAAGGGUACCAAAUUUAAAAACGCUGUAGCAAGAUCAACCGUGCUCUAAAUUGUGCUCAGUUUCUAAUGAAUUUAGUUAUGGCUAUCAUGCCAUAGACUUUUUGGUCACAUUAAUGGUUGCCUUUUGCUGUAGCCAGGCUCUAGUCCCCAGCGGCACUAGCACUCUGCCUAGUAUUGAGGUGGGCUAGUGUCUUCAGGUCUUAACCCAUCAAUUAGGAUAUAUUUUAAAUUUCCUCGUCUCUUUCUGUUAUUUCCUAUGAGAGAUGGGACAUCUUCAUGGAGCCUCUCUCUAUUUGCCAGAGAUGAGUGAGUGGGAGCGAGAUGCAAAGCUUUUAACUAUAGAGAUAAGCUAGUGGCUUCAUUUCUUACUAGAUUUUUGCAGCUACUGUCAUUAGUAGAAGAAUUGACUAUUCAAAGGUUUGACAAAUAUUGGGUGACUAUUAGUCUAUUACACAUGUGUAUACUGUUUUGCUGUCAAUUUAUCCUGCCCGUCCUCUUUCCAUUCAGUGGAGCAAGGUUUGUCUAUGUCAGUUUGAGCACUGUGCUUACUGCUGAACAAUUGUUUUGGAUUUUGAUAUUUUCUAUCUUCUGGUUUCUAUGUCCAUAAGCAAGCAAGUUUAUCCUAGUGAUUGGUGUAUUCCAUUAACGUGGAUAUGUAUGUUCAUUUUUUGUUUCUGAUAAUAUCUUUUGCUGUCUUUCAUCUCUGCUGCUUUAAAGGGCAUGAAAGAAAUGCUCUGAGAUUGUGGCUUGCACCUGGUACCGUGGCACAGCAAGCUCAAGUGAAGAAUACAGCUCUUGUUAUACAGGUAUGGUGAACUUACCAUCUGCGAGCAGGGACUUAGUGCUGGAAGUAUUUGCUGAAGACAUUAAGAGCGCAUGGCCGCUUGGGAGUUGGGACAACCAAUGAUUGUGCCUUCGACAUAUCUAUAUUUUUUGGGUAUAGGUGCAAGUCAUGUAACCAUUGAAUCUUAGUUGAUUUGAGGCCAUACCUUUUAUCAGCAUAUUCUUAAGAGUUAAGACCCAGGUUGGCGCAUAGAA